GCUGACGCUGACCAGUGAUAGCUGUCGCACUUUUUCAACUUCAACCUCAAAAUUUAACUCUUGACUCCUGCACAAAUUCUAAAAUACUCAACAUAUAAAACUUCGGGUCUUAGAAUCACGAAAACAACAUUUCAAAUUCUCAAGUGAACAAUUAAACUAUGAACCACACAGUUUAGCGUAAAAAUUGGCCCAACAUUUAUUCUUAAUGACUUAAAUGGCCCAGGAACUCUACUGUACUAUCCUCUAUUUCUAAGACUGAUAAUUUUUUCAUCAAAAAGAAAUAUCACCAAAAUGCCUGAAAACCUCGAAUUACAGCAGCUAGUAGAUGAAGAAGUUGAGGAAGAGCUAAGAUUCCAACAGCCAAAGUCUAGAUGCCACUAUCCAUAUUUAGGCUUAGUUUUAGCUACACUUAGUGCCCUAUUUUUUUCCUUGUGUUCAGCAAUAGUAAAAUGGAUGUCAGAUGUGAAUCCUAUGGCCCUAGCAGCUUACAGAUUUCUAGGUGUACUACUGCCAACAAUUCCAAUCUUAAUUUACUAUCAGAAACCUUGCUUUCCUAAAGAGAAACGUAUCAUGCUUAUUUUGAGAUCAUUUACUGGAACCACUGCCUUAAUGUUAAGUUUUUAUGCUUUUCGACAUAUGCCUUUGAGUGAUGCUUCAGUAAUAGUGUUCUCGGUUCCAGUUUUUACAGCAAUAUUCGCGAGAAUGUUUUUAAAAGAACAUUGUGGUUGGUUCAGUAUUUUCUCUGUUAUCGUUACUUUAAUAGGAGUGGUUUUAAUAACAAGGCCACCAAUAAUUUUUGGAAAUACCAUUGAAUCAUUGGGCGAUAAUGGUCAAGCGCCAGAAAUUUGGGGAGCAGUGGCAGCUUUUAGUUCCACACUCUUUGGUGCCAACGCUUUUGUAAUAUUGAGGGCAUUAAAAGAUGUUCAUUUUUCAGUGAUAAUGACUAAUUUUGGCAGUUUUGCACUAGUCCAGUGUCUUCUUGUUACCUAUUUUAUAGGUGCUUUAUGUUUGCCAGUUUGUGGUAUGGACAGAUACCUUAUAGUGGCCUUGGCAGUGUUUAGCUUUUUAGGUCAAAUUUUGUUGACCAUAGCUUUGCAAAUGGAACAGGCAGGUCCUGUAGCUAUCGCAAGGAGUACUGAUAUAGCCUACGCUUUUAUAUGGCAAGUGCUGUUUUUCGAUGAGAAGCCCAACAGGUUUUCAAUAAUUGGCAGUAUUUUAGUUAUGUUGUCUGUGAUUUUAACUGGAGUUAGGAAGUGGGUUCUUACUCUGCCAUACGAUGCUCCCGCAAGAAGGAAGUUAGGCUUUUUGACUAAGUAGAUCUCUUUAUUUUAUGUAAGUCUUAUCGAAAAUACUCAUCCAUGAAGUUGGCGGCAAGAAACCAUUGUUUUAGACCAAAAUUUAUUUUAAUCUUGCCAUCUUUAUGGCAGGUUAUUUUUACGGUUAUCCAAUGAUCUGAAGUAAGCAAAACAAUUUUCGUUUAUGAUAUAAAGUAAAUCUAAGAGAACAGUGUCUUAUAUUUUGUACCAGCGUUAAAAUUUUUAGUAUUAAGGAAAGGGAUCAUUUAGUUGUAAGCUAUAAAGUAUCCAACCCUCAGCUCUAUUCUAGUCAAACUUGUAGUAUUAGGACUUAAAAUCUAGUCAGUUUUUCCCUCUUUAGCUUGUAAGUCAUAAAAACUCUUUGAUUUGUGAUUAAAAACUAGUCAUUUUCAUAUUUAUAUUUAAUUUUAAUUAUAUACAAUGCUCUAUUUUUCUGUCUUGCCAGAAUUAGUAAUUAUUGUACAAUUAUAUUCUUAUAUAUAUUAUUGAUAUCAUGAACCAUCAAUCAGUUUGUAAAGUUUAGCACGUCAUUAAAACCUAUUAGUUUC